CUGAGCGUCUGCUCUGAGCUCCACGACCUUGGGGGACAGAGGGGAGUCCAGGGGCGGGGGGCAGGGGCACCGACCACAGAUCUGGGAAGGUGGAUGCCUGCAGGGAGUGGGGAUUGGCAAAGCCUGAGGAGGGGCUAACGGCCACACCCCCUGGUCCCGCGGUCUCCAUGCCGGCCCUGAGGCCACUCCUGCUGCUGUUGCUCCUGGUUGGGCCGACUGUGGGGGCCAGCCUGCCGCCGGGGCCCGGGAGCCACCCGGGUGUGUGCCCCAACCAGCUCAGCCCUAACCUGUGGGUGGACGCCCAGAGCACCUGUGAGCGGGAGUGCGUUGGAGACCAGGACUGCACAGCGACAGAGAAGUGCUGCACCAACGUGUGUGGGCUGCAGAGCUGUGUGGCGGCCCGCUUCCCUGACGGUGGCCUGGCCACACCCAAGCUGGCGGCCUCAUGCGAGGGCUUCGUGUGCCCACAGCAGGGCUCCGACUGCGACAUUUGGGAUGGGCAGCCUGUGUGCCGCUGCCGUGACCGCUGUGAGAAGGAGCCCAGCUUCACCUGCGCCUCAGAUGGCCUCACCUACUACAAUCGUUGCUACAUGGACGCCGAGGCCUGCCUGCGCGGGCUCCACCUGCACGUUGUGCCCUGCAAGCACGUCUUCAGCUGGCCACCCAGCAGCCCCGGGCCCCCGGAGACCACCGCCCGCCCAACACCUGGAGAUGCCCCGGUGCCACCUGCUCUCUACAGCAGCCCCUCCCCGCAGGCGGUGUAUGUGGGGGGCACAGCCAGCCUCCACUGCGACGUCAGUGGCCGCCCGCCACCCGCUGUGACCUGGGAGAAGCAGAGUGACCAGCGGGAGAACCUGAUCAUGCGGCCAGACCAGAUGUAUGGCAACGUGGUGGUGACCAGCAUUGGGCAGCUGGUGCUUUACAACGCCAGGCCAGAGGACGCUGGCCUCUACACGUGCACUGCACGCAAUGCCGCCGGCCUGCUGCGGGCCGACUUCCCGCUCUCCGUGGUUCAGCGGGAGCCGGCGGAGGAUGGGGCGCCCAUAGCCACCGCCCCGGCCCAGUGCCUGCCUAGCACGCAGGCCUGUGUCGGUCCCCCCUCCAGGCGGGUCCUCUGGCACUUUGACCCACAGCGGGGCGGAUGCAUGACCUUCCAGGUUGGCAGCUGUGCCGGCAGUGCCCAGGGCUUCGAGACCUACGAGGCAUGCCAGCAGGCCUGCGCCCGCGGCCCCAGGGACACCUGCGUGCUGCCAGCCGUGCAGGGCCCCUGCCAGGGCUGGGAGCCACGCUGGGCCUACAGCCCGCUGCUGCAGCAGUGCCACCCCUUCGAGUACAGCGGCUGCGAGGGCAACGGCAACAACUUCGAGAGCCGCGAGAGCUGCGAGGACGCCUGCCCCGUGCCGCGGACACCGCCCUGCCAGGCCUGCCGGCUCCGGAGUAAGCUGGCGCUCAGCCUGUGCCGCAGCGAUUUCGCCAUCGUGGGGCGGCUCACCGAGGUGCUGGAGGAGCCUGAGGCGGGCGGCGGUGGCAUCGCUCGCGUGGUCCUGGACGACGUGCUCAAGGAUGACAAGAUGGGCCUCAGGUUCUUGGGCACCAAGUACCUGGAGGUGACGCUGAGCGGUAUGGACCGAGCCUGCCCCUGCCCCAACGUGACGGCUGGCGAUGGCCCUCUGGUCAUUAUGGGCGAGGUGCGAGACGGCGUGGCCAUGCUGGACGCGGGCAGCUACGUCCGUGCAGCCAGCGAGAAGCGCGUCAAGAAGAUAUCGGAGUUGCUAGAGAGGAAAGCCUGCGAGCUGCUAAACCGCUUCCAGGACUAGCCUGCCCACCAGGCCAGCCCCCCAUGUGGCUCCCCCUCCAGCUCCGCCCUCCCCACACCCCUCCCCUCCCAGCCGGCUCCGCCCUCCACACCCACACCAACACCCGG